GACCAGGCGAGGGCGCUGCUGGUGGCCGCGGACAAGGUCCGGCUGGGGCUGGCUGGCAGCGUGCGUGACUUCAGAUUGAGCGAGGACUGCGACGGCAACGCCGACGUCCUCGCCCGCGACGCGCACGGCGGCGGCAUCGCGUACACCGGCGCGCCCGCGGAGGCCGUCAACUACGUCUCCGCGCACGACAACGAGACGCUGUACGACAACACCGUGUGGAAGAUGCCUCCGAGCCUCUUCAGCCCCGAGGAGCGCGCGCGGGCGAACUGGCUCUGCUCGGCGGUGGUGCUCCUGGCGCACGGCGUGCCGUUCCUGCACGCGGGCGACGAGGUGCUGCGGUCGAAGUCGCUGGACAGGGACAGCUACAACAGCGGCGAUUGGUUCAACGCCCUCGACUUCGAUGGUGAGCGUUCCGCGUUCGGGUCUGGCCUGCCGCCGCACUCCAAGAACGGGGAGAAGUGGGACCUCAUGAGGCCGCUGCUGGAGGACCCGUCGCUGCGGCCCACCCGCGAGAUGGCCGCCGCGACCACGGCCAAGCUGCUGGAGCUGCUGCGCGUGCGCCGCUCCACGCCGCUGAUAGGGCUGUGGGACGCCGCGGAUGUGCUGGAGAAGGUGACCUUCCCCUGCUGCGGGCCGUCCCAGCCGCCCGGCGUCGUCGUCAUGCAGACGCGCAACGGGCCGCCAGCGGGGGCCGCCGCCGGCGCGGCCGGGACCCUGUGCCCGAACCUGGCGCGGGUGGUCGUGGUGCUGUCGGCCCGCCUCGAGGAGUGCCGCGUGCCGGUGUGCCCACCGGGUGGCGGGGGCCUGCGGCUGCACCCGCUGCAGGCCGCCUCGGAGGACGCCCGGACGCGCACGGCGCGCUUCGACUCGGAGACGGGCGAGGUGGUCAGCUCAGGCUGCCGCCGUGUUCGUGGAGCCGCUGCCCGGCAGGGAGGGCUGGCUCGGCGAUGGCGGAGGACCCCUGGCGGCCGGAGAGUGCCGCUAGACCUGCGCGCCACCGGCCGGGGCGCCGCGCCCAGGGAGAGCUGCAGGGGCCUGCCAGGGCAGCGACUGGCCGCUAGGGUCAGCCGCUCCCGGCUGGAUUCCGCGCCGUCCCUUCCCCGCCUCCCCCCCACCUCCCCGCCGCCUUCUCCUUCUCGCUUCCCCCCCCUCGCCCGCCGCCGGUCCGCGGGGCGGGCCGCCUGA